CGGCCGCAUCUCCUCCCCUCCCUCCCUUGCCCCUUCAGUCGCCGUUGACUCCGCCAGCGCGGAUGUCUCGCUCACGGCCGGAAUAGCUGGGCACGCCGCCACGGCGGCUGCCAUGCCGGCAGAUCCCUCAGCCUCGGCGUCCGCGCGCGAGCUCCUCACCUCGGCACCGGCCACCACGCGGCAGCGUAUGCUAUCCGCCUCGCUUGGGAGUCUGGUCACCUCGCUUGUUGUCACUCCGCUUGACGUGGCCAAAAUCCGCCUGCAAGCACGCCCCGCGACAGCGGCGGCCGCUCCGCCCACUCCGGCUCCGGUGUCCAACAUGGCCUCAGCCAGCAGGAUGAACCCUCAUGUUCCGCCGCCCGGUGCCGGGUUUUCGCCCCUGUCGCCGGCGCGCCUGUCGCUGGCUGCCUUCUCCGAAGCCACCUGCACAUGCGCCCUGUACUUGGAAAACUUCCGCCUGCACGGGUUCCCCUUCUCCCCGCCGGCGACGCCCACCCCGUCGAUGGGGGUGGCUGGUUUGUCCCCCGGAGCGCCCCAUUCGUUUGCUCGCGGCUUUGGGAUCGGCGCCCCGUGUGCCCUCUUCUUCGGCCCAUCAAUUCCCCACGCCGGUGCGGGGACAUUCUUUUCCUUUGACCACCGCUGGUCCGGCCCAACGCUGGCAGCCGGCGGCUCCUCGGCAAAUGCCCGGUCCACCACCGCCGCCGCCGCCGCCGCCGCCCCUCCCGGCGCCUCCCACAGCCGGCCCUUUCACGCCCCGUACCAGCAGGCGCCGCCCCCCCAAUUUCUCCGUCCAUCUACCAGCAGCCCCGGCACCAUGACGGCCAACCCCGGCGCCGCCCGGCUGUCCUUCCUUGCGCGGGAGUUCUUCCCCGGGGUCAGCCCGGACACCCUGGCCCGGGCCACUCCAGCGGGCUCCGGUCCCGGCGUCCAUGCGGCCACCUCGCGUCUUGGUGGCCUCUUGGCCGGAGCCUCCUCCCUUCUGGCCGGGGACCGGCGGCCAGGUGGGGCCGGCCCCCGGCCCCCGGGUCUGAUGGCCACCCUCUCGGACAUUGCCCGGACUGAGGGUUUGUUUGCCCUUUGGCGUGGCCUCGGUGCAUCACUGAUCAUGGCCAUCCCAGCCAAUGUGGUCUACUUCGCCGGGUAUGAGGCUCUCCGCGAGCAGCUCCAGCAGGGCAUUCGCCUCUCCUUUCCUUCACACUUCUCGCCGGCCGGCGGAUCGCCCAUUUCUGGCGGCGCUGUGGCCGGGCUCUACACCAUGGCUCCCUUCCUGGCGGGGAGCUUUGCGCGCAUCAUCGCUGCCACAUCCAUCGCCCCACUGGACCUAGUUAAAACUCGCCUGCAACAUACCCCACAUGCCACCCUCCGUGGCACGCUCCAGUCGACGGCAGCCAGCUGGCGCGCGGCCGGAGGCGGGCUCACCGGUGCGCGGCGCACUUUCUGGGCCGGCCUCGGGCCCACCCUCGCCCGAGAUGUCCCCUUCUCCGGGAUCUACUGGGUCGGAUAUGAGACCCUACGGCCGGUGCUGGUGGAUCACCUUCUCAGCAUUCGUCGGCCGGGGACCGACCCAUUGGUCGGGCCGCUGUCGGACAAUUCGGUGAUCCUGCUGUCGGCCUUCGGGGCGGGUUUCGCCAGCGGUGCCACCGCUGCCCUGCUGACCACCCCCUUCGAUGUGCUCAAGACUCGCAUGCAGGUGGCUGGCGGCAGCCCGGCAGCCGGGUCGGGGGCGGCGGGUGCCUCUCGUCCCGGGGCCCUGGCCCUGGCCCGGUCAAUCGUAGCCACCGAGGGUCCUGCUGCCCUGGCUGCCGGGUCCCUCCCUCGGGUGCUGCGCACGGCUCCGGCCUGCGCCAUCAUGAUCGCCGCCUAUGAGGCCGGCAAGCGCCUUUUCCCAUCCUCCUAGAAGAAUGGACGCUCCUCCCUCCCUCUUCUUGCCCCCUUCUCCCCUCCUAGCCUCACCUGCUCCUCGCAUGCCCCCCUCCCCCUGUGGUGUCGCGUACAUGCGUGCAUACGAUGGGUGAUGCUCUUCGCCACCUUUCUUGCCCCCUUCCCUCCUGUCCUUGUGUACCUCCCCAUUAUCUCCCCUCUCUCCCCCCUCUCUCCCUCCCUCUCCCUCCCUCCCCCUCCCUCCUGUGGAUCUUGUCAUCAACUGAUGUAUCUCCUUCCUGGGGAGGAGGACUACUGCCUGCGAUGCCCUGCAUGGCAGUCCCUCGCAAUACAUUUGCACACCCCGCU